AUGCAUUUCGACUCCUGCGAAGAAAGGCCCUCGACAACAUCGUCCUCGCAGAUGACGGGAAACCGGGAGAUUGGUACAACAAAAGGACUACGGAAUGAAGCUUGUGAAGCCCAGCGUAAUCCUUACAUAAAGAAAGGCAGUAGAGACGAAAAACUUUCUUCAGAGGCGCUCAGGCAUGAUUCUCAGCAACGUAUUCAAGUUGCCACGUUCAGAAAUACCGGGAAGCUAGCCGAUGCCACUAGCCAGAAGACACCGUUCCACACCUGCAGCAGCCAACUCAGCGAGGAGGCAGGUGAACCACCCAAUGACAACUGGUGUAGUCCUGCGGCACACCCACUGCCGCUGAUGCCCCAGAUUAAACCACAGGAAAGGAACAACAGCCUGAGAUCCCUUCACAGCGAUUGGUUCUACACCAACGGCAUGACCAUGGUUCCGAUGCUGCAGAACCAGGCUAGCCACAACGUUAUGCUCACUAGCGGCAUCUCGCACCGUUCUCCGACCAAUUAUUUGGAUGAGAUCUACUCCAGCAGGACCGACCAGUGGACGCUCUUUCACCCGAUGCCCAAGGCGCUCAUGGGCAUGGCGGUCGUGACGGUCGACAACAGCAUCUGGAUCUUUGGAGGCCUCACUCGAGGCAGCGAAGGCUCCAGCAUUGAGGACGGGACCUACGUUUUCGAUCCGCGAAUGAACGCCCCUUUGCGCAGUGCAGAGAUCUACUCCAGCAGGACCGACCAGUGGACGCUCUUUCACCCGAUGCCCAAGGCGCUCAUGGGCAUGGCGGUCGUGACGGUCGACAACAGCAUCUGGAUCUUUGGAGGCCUCACUCGAGGCAGCGAAGGCUCCAGCAUUGAGGACGGGACCUACGUUUUCGAUCCGCGAAUGAACGCGCUCUCCUUGGGACUGCGCAUUACUCCCAAGUUGAUGUCGUCUGGGUUUCCCCAGCUUAAACAGAUGCAACAGCCGGGCGACCCACGCUUCCCGCUAAUCUUGGUUAUAGGCGGACUCGACCCACGAAACCCGCUGGAUUCAGGUACGACUGUCCUCAAAUACCACCCUCUUAUUGAGGAUCGGUGGACACUGGUUAACCUUAUGCCAGAGCUGAGAAGCUACCAUGGAGCUGCUCACAUUAAUGACACCAUCUUUGUGGCUGGUUCGGGCAUAUACAUUUUCGGGGGCAUCAACAGCCAAGAGCGGGGUGUGCUGUCUAAGAGCACCUUAGUCAUCACCGACAGAAAGGCUAUAGUGUCCGCGCGUCUCAUGCCGCAACCACUCUCUGGGCACGCUUCAGUCACCCUGCUGCCAACAAGUAGCCAGCAUCCACUGUCCAGCAGCAAGUGGAGUGAUGAAAUUUAUAAAAGGCACAACAAAAAAUUUAACAAAAAAGGGGUCCAGGAAUAG